CAGUUCAGAGAACGGUGCUGCUGAAGGAAAGUUUGUUUCCCUCUCCGAGCUGACCGAGCUACCGCUGUAUGAUGCUGCAUUUCUCGGAAGACAGAAACGGUGUUACUGAGAUUCUGCUCCCGAGAAGAAAACUGAGCUGAACGGACAUGGCCGCUCCAGUCGCUCAGCAGAAGCGAGCUGCCCUUCCGCGGGUCUGGGGUCAGUUUGUCCCGGAGCUGAAUGGAGUUUCCGCUGUUGGACUCUGCGUAGUGGCCUAACCACAGCCAGCAACACAGUCACGGGGAGAGACUGUUAAACAUGAUGCUCCCACUCUAAUGAGAGGACACUGAUUCUCAUAUUUCCACUGGCUUUAUCUGUGACCACCAAUAUGUCCGACCAAAGCUACUAUUGGACCGUUCUGCCCAGCUACAAAACCAGUUUUGUGACUGGAGCAAUGAUGAGAAGGUCGAAAAGUUCCCGUAACAACAAGAGGAGGAGUUUGGCGGUCGGGACUCCGUCGCCCACGCUGUCGCGACCUCUUUCACCUCUUCAUCUCGCAACAGCUGGAAGCAGUCCCUCAGAAAGUCCCAGGAAUAUCUCCACUAGCACCUCUUCCAACUUCCAGUUUGCCCGCAGCCAGCUGGCCCGCACCGAAAGCAGGGUGGAUGGGCGACGAUGGUCUGUGGCGUCUGUUCCCUCCUCUGGAUACUGCACCAACGCCCCCAGUUCAUCAGUUUCUUCCUCAUCCUCCCAUGAGCUGUUGCACCAGCUGCCCUCUCAGCCCACUCAAGAUGAUCUUCACGUCCUCUUCAAACAUUUGCGGAGCUCGGAGAGCGUGGUAGACGAUGAAGGAGCUCACCCAGUGCACCAUGUCAGGGUCCGCUCACGCAGCCUCAGCCCUGGCCGGACCUGUGGAACAUUCGACAAUGAAAUUGUCAUGAUGAAUCAUGUCUACAAAGAGCGCUUUCCCAAGGCAACAGCUCAGAUGGAGGGUCGGCUGCUGGACAUCAUUUCGGAGUAUUCUCCGGACACCGCUCUGCCCCUGGCUGACGGUGUGCUGGGAUUCAUUCAGCACCAGCUGGUGGAGCUGGCCCGGGACUGUCUGGAUAAGUCCCAGGACGGCCUGGUCACAUCCAGGUACUUUGUGGAGCUGCAGGAGAAGCUGGAGAAGCUGCUGCAUGAGGCUUAUGAGCGUUCAGAGAGCGAGGAGGUGACCAUUAUUAUCAAGUUGGUGAAGAAGAUUCUCAUCGUCAUCUCCAGACCUGCCAGGCUGCUGGAGUGUUUGGAGUUUGAUCCAGAGGAGUUCUAUCAGCGCUUGGAGGCUGCAGAGGGCCAAGCCAAAGUAGGCCAGGGCAUUAAGACUGAUAUUCCCCGAUACAUCAUCAGGCAGCUUGGCCUCACUAGAGAUCCACUGGAAGAGAUGGUCCAUCUGGAGCAGCAGACCAGUCCGUGUCAAAGGUCAGCCAGUAGGGAGUCUGAUGACUCUGGAGAGGCAACACCAGUACAGAGCCGAGCUGCCUGCACCCCUCCUCGUAGGAAACCGCUGGAGAGUGACUUUGAGACUAUUAAGCUCAUUAGCAACGGAGCCUACGGGGCCGUAUAUUUGGUGCGCCACAAAGAAACCCGCCAACGUUUUGCCAUGAAGAAGAUUAACCGACAAAACCUGAUUCUUAGGAAUCAAAUCCAGCAGGUGUUUGUGGAACGUGACAUCCUCACGUUCGCUGAAAAUCCGUUUGUGGUCUCCAUGUUCUGUUCUUUUGAGACCAGGAGGCACCUAUGCAUGGUCAUGGAAUAUGUUGAAGGUGGAGAUUGUGCCAACCUGUUGAAGAACAUCGGCCCCCUCCCUGUCGACAUGGCCCGGAUGUAUUUUGCAGAGACCGUACUUGCCUUGGAGUACCUUCACAACUAUGGCAUUGUGCACAGAGAUCUCAAACCUGACAAUUUGCUGAUCACGUCCAUGGGCCACAUUAAACUGACGGACUUUGGGCUGUCAAAGAUCGGGCUAAUGAACAUGACGACCAACCUGUAUGAGGGACACAUUGAAAAAGACACCAGAGAAUUUAUAGACAAACAGGUGUGUGGCACUCCAGAGUAUAUCGCUCCUGAGGUCAUCUUGAGGCAGGGUUACGGCAAACCUGUGGACUGGUGGGCUAUGGGUGUUAUUCUUUACGAGUUUCUGGUUGGCUGCGUGCCUUUCUUUGGAGACACCCCAGAGCAGCUCUUUGGUCAGGUUGUUAACGAUGACAUCAUCUGGCCAGAAGGGGAAGACGCUUUGCCAGCUGAUGCUCAGGAUUUGAUCACCCGACUGCUGAGGCAGAAUCCUCUGGAGCGCCUGGGAACAGCUGGGACCACAGAGGUGAAGAGUCACAUGUUCUUCCUGGGCCUGGACUGGAACGGCCUCCUGAGGCAGAAAGCUGAAUUCGUACCUCAGUUGGAGUCUGAAGAGGACACGAGUUACUUUGACACACGGUCGGAGCGCUACUGUCACCUGGGCUCAGAUGAUGAUGAAACCAACGAUGACGAGUCGUCUCUGGAGCUCAGACAGUUCUCCUCGGUGGCUCACCGCUUCAGCAAGGUGUACAGCAGCACAGAGCACCUGUCCACUUCCACCCCAUCCAAUCAGAGCCUGUCAUCGUCAGAGCGAAGCCACAGUGAGGAGAAGGAAGACCGCUGGGACGGCAGGGGAGUCCUCUCACCGGGAGACGGACACAAGAACUUGGCUGCUGGAGACAGGAGGACAGAUGGACAGAGAGGGAGUCUUCGUCCUCGUGCUUCCUCCAGCUCGUCACAUUCAGAACGCAGCGGCAGCCCGCUGGUCAUAAACAGCACGCAGAGCCCAGACGCAGCGGCUCGCAUCGCCAUCCCCACUGAGGAGGAAGAAGGGAUUGUCUCCAACCUGAGACGGAUCCGCCUGCGGAGCAACAGCACGGGGACGCGGCCAUCGUUCCGCAGAGGCGCGUCGCGGCGCAUCGCCCACCAGCUGGAGACCCCAGAGAAACCCAGGUCCUCCGCUGGAAACGUCCCCAAGUCUGCUUCCAUCUCUGGUCUGUCCCUCAUCAUUACCCCAGAUGACUCGGCUGGUCCUCCUCUAAGUCCCAAAUCGUCCCUGUCCUUGUCGUCCAACCCGUCCUCCCGGGACUCGUCCCCCAGCCGGGACCUGCCCAUCAGCAUCAGCUGCCUCAGGCCCCCAGUGGUCAUCCACAGCUCUGGCAGGAGGUUUGGCUUUGCGCUGCGAGCCAUCAGGGUCUACAUGGGGGACAGCGACGUCUACACCGUCCAUCACAUGGUCUGGUCCGUUGAGGAUGGCAGUCCAGCACACGAGGCAGGACUGAGGGCGGGCGACCUCAUCACCCAUGUCAAUGGGGAGUCAGUCCAGGGUCUGGUCCACACUGAGGUGGUGGAGCUUCUGCUGAAGAGCGGCAACAAGGUGACUCUGCAAACAACUGCGCUGGAGAACACCUCCAUCAAGGUGGGCCCAGCCAGGAAGGCCAGCUACAAGGCCAAGAUGGUGAGGCGCAGCAAGAAGAGCAAGAAGAAGGACGGGCAGGACAGUACUAGGCGUCGCAUCUUUAAGAAGCUGUCGAAGCACACGGCUCCGCCCCCAAUGCAGAGCAGCCGCAGCUUCUCCUCCGGCUUCCCCCAGUCGUCCAGCGACAGCCUCUCCGGCUCCCCCACACCGAGCCUGUCCCCGGGGCCCUCCACACCGUGCCGCUCCCCGGCCCCUGACCACUCUGGAGAUUCCAGCUCGUCUCCGAGUUCCAGUUCUCCCAACUCUCCGGUGCCACAGGCGCGCCCCAGCUCCCUCCAUGUUCAUGGCCGCUACGCCAAAGCCGGCCGCUGCAAGUCCACCAGCAGCAUCCCUCCCUCCCCCCUGGCCUGCAUCCCCCCCCCUCAGCCGCUCUCCCCUCAGUGCUCUCCAUCCUGUCUCCAGAGCCAUCCCAAGUCCCUGCAGGGCUUCCACGGGAAGACACUGUCGCCCCCCAUGGUUGCUCGCCACUCGGUACGCCCACGCAGCGUAGAACCGCCGCGCUCACCCUUGCUCAAGAGAGUACAAUCUGCAGAGAAGCUGACGGGAGACAAGAUGGGUAAGGGAGGUUACCAUGGAGACAGAAAGGCAUACAGUACCCGCCGCCACACCAUGGAGAUGCCACUAUCGGAGGGGGAGGGCCUGGAGGACGAAGACGGGGACACCACCACUAGCUUCGUGUGUGUGGGUGAACACGGCCGGCAGGGGCUGAGCCUCGGGGGGCAGAGGGAGGCCCACGACCCGGCCAGCGCCUGCGUGAACCACCAGCGGCCCGCCGCCAGCUCACCUCAGCACCGGGGCAGCAGCCACCAUCCCAAGGAAGUGAUGAGGAAGAUGGCUCUGUCAGAGCGAAGGGAUUCGUUUAAGAAACAGGAGGCAGUGCAGGAAUUGAACUUUGACCUGGAGGAGGUGGAGGAGACGCCGAGCCUGAAGCCAGGAGCAUUUACAGCGUCCUGGAUCAACCCGUCUCCGGCGGACUCCAGAGGGACGGCGGACGGAGGCGGAGCUCAGCAGAAAGCAAAGUCUAAAGGCAAAGAAGGGUUUUAGUUCUCCCCCAAACGACGCAUCACAUGUCCUUGCAUGAACCCAGAAAACUGUGACCAAGUCAACAAUAUUCUAUCAGAAGACAAGAAAUAAGUCCAUCCCUCCAUCCAUCCAUCCAUCCAUUCAUAAAUCCAUCAAUCAAUCAAUCACUGGCCCCAGACAAAACAGACAGACACUGACUGCUAAACUGUUUACUUCCUCUCUUAGUUUUCAGAUCACUGUGGCACCUGUAACUGAUUUAGUCUGUAAAUAUUUUAUUUUCAUUGAAGAAACUUAUUUAUGGCCUUUUAGACUUCUUUCUGUUUUUUAAGGCCUUUGAUGUUUCAGCCAGACAGCAGGUUGCUGGGCAGCGUAGUCAGGAAAACAGCUGCUUCUCUUCACAUGUUGCACUAUAGAACUUGCUUUCUGCCUCACAUCCAGACCUGUUAAUCCUGAAUACUGUGUAUGCAUCGCCAUACCAUGUUGCCAAAGCUAGAUAUAGCCUUAGCAUGGUUUUCAGAAGCGAUACAAUAGUCUGGAUGAAGGCUCUUCUUCUGGAGUCUUCCAGAGCUCUCAGACUGGGGAAAAAGAUGGGACUGUGGGUGUGUGCAUGUGUGUGUGGGUGUAAGGGUAAGGUUUAGGCUGUAGAAAUGAAUGGAAGUCAAUGGAAAGUCCCUGCAAAGAUAGCUGUGCAAACAUGUGUGUGUGUGUGUGUCUGUGCUUCCAGCCUGCUUCUCAUGCCUCAACGCCAUCAACAAACAUGGCUUAGUUGACUUUUAUUGAGUUUUUAGCGUGUUUUUAUGAAAAACAGUUUACAUUUUCUGCCAAGUCGUCCUGGUUUCUGUUCAGUCGUAGAAGAGUCUUCAGAAUUCCACAGGCGGAUGAAGGAAUAGGUGAACUUUUGUAUAUUUUGCUAUGGAACUGUCUUGUUUCAGUGCUAAUAAUAACCUAUGCUAUAGACUUAUACUGUAUAAUGGUGGACCUUAUAGCAGCUGUGUUCUAGUGAUGUUUUGUGGCCUUGAGAGAGUAGAUGGAGUCGGAUAAAAUCAAUCAAUCUCCUUCUGCCGUUCAGUUCAGAUUUGUGUCACAUCUGUUUUUCUACAGUUGUUUUAUGUUUAAAUGUGUGAAAAGGUUAGUCACCAUUCUGAGACAUUGACUUUAGAUUUAAAUGUUUUGUAUCUGUGAACAAAAGGGACUUGGUUGUUUUUUCUCCACUUAUCACUUUUCCUUUAAAUUCAGAAAAUGUUUAAUUAGUCCUGUCUAAUAAACUUUUUUUCCACAGUAAAGGGAGAUUGAACUUGGAUUGGUAAAAGAAGCUGAGCUCAGGAGAAAAGUUGCACAUGAUUCAGGAUUAAAUAAACUUUUGAAUUUUCCACAGUUUAAGAGUAGAAAUGGGAAGCUCUUCAGCAGUAUCCAUUCACGUUCAUCUAUUUGUAUUUGAAGUAUUUUUUUUUUAUCACUUACUGAAUUAGGAUCAGGAGAGUCUCCUUGUUUCUGGAACACUGUUUAUUCACACUAAACUUUUCCACUUACAUGUUUGUGAAUUAAAUGUGUUCAUCCCAAAUCAACUACUAGCAAUUGGGAAAAACGUACCACAUGGUUGUCUGCUUCAGACUGGUGUGAUAUUAAUUAUUCUCGUAUUAAAAGUGCUUGAAAUAAAUUAAAUGCAAAGGACUCAAGCCCUGGCCGAAACAAAUCUUUUGCCUUGUUGUGUCUUCCUCUUUUGAUAAUUACUGUGCUUAGAUGUGGGUAAAGCAGCUUUAGGCUGCGUACACUUAAAACAUUAUAACCAGAAUGUUAACAUAGCUCUGCAGGGGUUUUCUUUUCUAAAGCAUCUUUAUUUUAAAAAUUUAAACCAUGUUGAGUUCAAAAUUAGGAACUCGUAGCUCCAACGCCUCCAAAAUUGAAUGCUAUUUUUCCUAAUGAAUCAGUACUUGCCUGACAAGAACACAAGCUAAAUGGUAAAGUAUGGAGUGACAACAGAAGGGAUAAAAAAAAAUCUACUUUUUUUAUUAACUGGCUGGAAAGAGAAAACGGACUGGAAAGGACUAUUAACAUAAGUCAAAACCAAUCAACCCAGAAUC